AUGAGUUAAGACGAAGACGAAAAUAUCAAUGUUUAUAGCGAAGAAUCCAAUUAAUUUGAUGAUUUUGAAGAUGAUGAUGAUAAUGAUUUUUAUAGUAAACCAGAUAAAGAAUCUAAUAAAAGAGCUACAAAAAAGAAAUUAUUAACCAAUGGUCGUAAAAAAGCUGCCUAUAAAAACUUCAUCGAAGAAGCAGCCGAAGAAAGUGAUUAAGAGGAUGAAAAUGAUGAAGAAUAUUAAUUAAAACGAUUAAAAAAUUAAAAAGAAGCUGACUUAUAUAAAUAAAGAAGAAAUCCGAAUUUCUAAUAAGUAGUAGAUUAAUUAGGGGAUAAUGAAGAAGAAUUAAAUAAAAGAUAUGAAAAUAUGAACCAAUAUGAUGAUGAAAAUGAUGAAGAAUUUGAUGAAGAUGAUUAAAAUCUUCCAUCUAAUUUAAGAAAACAUAAAUUAAAUAUAAAACCUUAUUAGAAGUUUUUUUCAGUGGGACUAAAAAUUGGAAAAGAGAAAGAAACCGUGCUUAAUUUAUUAAAUAAAUUUAGUAUUUUUUAGAAAAAGGGAGAAACUCCGAAAAUACACUCGAUUUCGUUUGUUGAAUAAAAUAAAGGGUUUAUUUAUAUUGAAGCUGAAUAAAAAAAGGAUGUUUUAACUUUUAUUGAAGGAGGCGAUGAUUUUGUUGUAGGGGAUAAUAAUAAUAAAUAUGGAAAUUAGUAAAAAAAGGAGGAUUUCCAUUCAAAAAAGGAGGAGGACUCUUUGUGCCGUACUAAUGUCUCAGGAUGUGAGGAAUUUAUGUAUGAUAAGAGUGUUUCUGAUAAAGUUAUUAUGAUUGAAAACACAUAUGGAUAUGUGUACAAAACAUUCAAUUGUAAAGAUUUAGAUUUAAAAUAUAGCCCAAAAUUGGAUGAAAUAAAGAAAUUUUAUCCUUUUGGGGAUAUUUAAGAAUAUUUAAAAGAUAAUUAUAAAAAUCUUAAAUUAGCUGAUUAAUAUACUAAGUUUAUUCCAGGAGAUUAGGUUUUGGUCACUAAUGGGUAAUAGAAAGGAUUGAAAGCUUAAGUUGUGGCUGUGAAUGGCGAUUUGGUGAAAAUUGUGGCUUUAGAUAAGAAAUAUAAGGAUUUAGAAUUGGAUUUAUAGGCUAAAGAUCUUGUUAAAAAUUUUAAUGAUGGGUAAAGGGUUAAAGUUAUCUCAGGAAAUCAUUAAGGAAAAACUGGUGUUAUUUUGAAAACGGAAAACUAUAUAUGCUAUAUUUUUACAGAUAAUAAAAAUACAAUAGAAUGUAAACCUAAAGAUUUGGCAGUUUCAGGCGAAAUUAAUAUUGAUUACUCAUAAUCUAGAGGAAAUGAUAUUAGUAAUAAUUUGAAUUUGAAAAAGCAUGAUUUAGUAAAGCUAAAUGGAUAAAAUAGUGUAGGGUUAGUACUAUCUAUUUCUUCAGAUUUUAUUAAAAUAUUAGAUCAGAACGGAAAAACUAAAAAUGUAAGUAAUUAUGCUAUAAAUAGUAAACUUGAUACUAGAAAAGCAGUUGCUAAAAAUUUAGAAGGAUGCCCUAUUACUAAUAAUUCAAAUGUCAUUAUUAAAUAAGGAUAAUAUUAAGGAUAUUAAUGUUAAGUUAUUCAUGUUUUUAAAAAUAUUGUUUAUUUAUUUAAUCCAAAAUUUAGAGAUGAUAUUGUUGUAGAAAAUGUAAAUAAUAUUUUAUUAUAAACAAGCAAUCCUGUAUUGAAUAAAUAAGGUGUUAAAUUUGCCUAUGAAUCUUAAUAUGGAAAUAAUAAAUUCCAAAAUAAAAAAAAUGAUGAUUUAAGAUAAUAUGUAGGUAAAUAAUUAAGAAUAAUUGACGGAAAAUAUAAAGGAUUUUAAUGCACAGUUUUAGAAAUUAGAAAUGAUAAGUAAAUUAAGGUAGAAAUUAAUUCUAAGUUCAUAUAAGUUUUUAUUUAAAAAUCUGAUAUUAUUCCAUUUAUUAAAUAAGCGAAUGAAUUAGAAUAUGGUAAAACACCAGCUUAUUAAACAUAAAGUACAUAUUAACCCAGUAUAAGAGGAGAACAUAAUUUACAUGAGUUUCCAUGA